AUGGCUGCCGCGGUUGACGUCGAGUCUGACGGCUCUGUCAGAGAUCUCUUCCAAGAUCCUCCAUUUGACCUUCAGAACGUUCGCUUCGAUGUCUCUGGCCUUGUCUCCCAAAAUGACCUCGAUGUUGAAACUCUUGAGACACUCUACAGCCAAAUGCUCCAGGAAAUCUAUGAUCGGACUGGCGUCACUGCCCUCUACCCCCCUGGACAUUUUCCGGCCUGUCAUGAUGCUACUGUCAAACUUCUCAUGAAGAAUCAUGGUCUGAUGUGGACAGAGUCUUUUACCAAGUCCACCGGCUACAGAACUCUCCAGAGACGUGCUAAACUCGUCACUGAACAAGACCAAGAGCUCCCUGAAGACAUCAAGAAUCUGAUCCCGUGCCCCUAUGCCCCUUUUCUCUUGUCCUGUAUUGCUCUGGUCCUUUUUCGAAAGCCCCCUACAGGAAGUCCUAGCAAAGCCAUCAUUUCGAUGUUCUGCGACAAAAAUGUUGCCAAGUGGCUGAACCUCGCUAUUCGUAUCUAUGAGAGGGACCGAUCCCACCUCCUGUUCAUCUCGGUUGAUGAUGGCUACAACCUUGAUGAUGGGCGUCAGAGCCGAAUUAUUCAGGACGGACACAAAAAAUACCUUCGUGUCAAGAGCCACUCUGUCGAUGACUCAGUGUUCCAGCAUGAGAUUGACCAGUAUUUUAAGCCCGAAUGGACAGGCUUCAAUGAUCACGACAACUCCGAAUGGACAGGCUUCAGUGAUCACGACAACUCCGAAUGGACAGGCUUCAGUGAUCACGACAACCCCUCGGAUGAUGAAAUGGAUCUUGACAGCCAGCACGUCACUUCCGAUGAGUCGGUCCAGCCUGACUCUGAUGACAAGUUGCAGAAGCUAUAUACAAUGCUGCAUCGACAUGAGCCCGCAUUCCUUAAGUUUUCACAGGAGGCUCCUCAGAUUUUGCUCAACUCUGCGUCUACUGCUAGAGAUGUCAUGCGUCUUACAAUCCUAGUCAAUAUGACUAAUAAGAGCAUGGCAGCUGAGGCGAAGCGACAGAGAGAGCAUGACAAGAACAUGAUGUCGAUCUUGCAAAAUGUCCAGCUUGCCUUUCAGGACACAAAAACCCGCAUUGGAACCCUGGAGCAGCGCCUUACCGAGAGUAUUGCUGGGAUUUCUCCUCAGGUCAAUGCUUCCGUACAGGAGCUCCUCAAUAAGAGCGUCGCUGAGAUUUCCACUCAGGUCAAUGCUUCUGUACAAGAGCUCCUCAAUAAGAGCGUCGCUGAGAUUUCCACUCAAGUCAAUGCUUCUAUGCAGCAGCGCCUUACCGAGAGUACCGCUGGGAUUUCCACUCAGGUCAAUGCUUCUGUACAAGAGCUCCUCAAUAAGAGCGUCGCUGAGAUUUCCACUCAAGUCAAUGCUUCUAUGCAGCAGCGCCUUACCGAGAGUACCGCUGGGAUUUCCACUCAGGUCAAUGCUUCUGUACAAGAGCUCCUUAAUAAGAGCGUCACUGAGAUUUCCACUCAAGUCAAUGCUUCUAUGGAGGAAGGGCCGGAACGGUACAAGCAGGCACUCAUCAGCGUCUUCCGAGAUACCAACCGUGAAUUGUUAGAUUAUUUAUCACGACAAUCCCUCGGAUGA